AUGAAAGAUUCAAAUAAAUCGGAUAGUAAAAUCUCAGUUUAUGAUGAAACGGAUGAUAUUAAACAUUCAGAUGAAAAUAAGUUAAACUCGAUAAAAAGUAAAAAUGUGAAGAAAAAUAAAGAAGAGACGUUUCAUCGAGCGAUUGCACCAGUUUUGAUAAUGGCUCAGUGCUUUGGUGUUAUGCCUGUAGAAAAUAUCCGUCGUCCUGAUUCGUUACAUUUAAACUUCUCAUAUAGAUCAAUUCAAACUUGUGUAACAGUAUUGUAUAUGGGGCUCAGUUCUAUCAUGUUGCUUGGCCAAAUAAAACAUGUUGUCAAUAUUGGUAUAAAUGCAAAAAACUUUGUUGGCGUGGUUUUCUUCUCUAAUGUACAGUGCGGUUGGUUUUUCUUUUUUCUAUUGGCUAAAAAAUGGCCAAUAGUAAUACGUUUCUGGACAGAGACUGAUUCGAUAUUUACUAGUAAAUUAUACGAGAUUCCCAAAAGAAAUUUAUCCAGUCGCCUUCGAUAUGCAGCCGUGGUUACUAUGCUAUUAUCUCUUUUGGAACAUGCAUUCUACUUAAGUUCCGCGGUUACAAGUUACAUUCAUCAUGCUAAAUUGUGUCCGAAUACUUUGAAUACAACGAGAGAAACAAAUUUUGCAGAUUUCAUACAACAAAACUACGAUUAUGUUUUCCGGAUUGUACCAUAUAGUCUAUUUUUUGGUGUCUAUGUAAUGGUAACCAAUUUCGCUUGCACUUUUGUUUGGAAUUACAUGGAUUUAUUCAUCAUGCUGAUAAGCAAAGGAAUCGCUUAUCGUUUCGAGCAAAUUUCAAAGCGUAUAAAUAAAUUAGCUGAUAAGGAAGUACCAGAAGCAACGUUUACUGAAAUACGUGAGCAUUAUGUUAAACUUUGUGAACUGCUGGAUUGUGUCGAUGAGAAUUUAUCAGCAAUUAUAUUGCUAUCCUGCAUGAAUAAUUUGUACUUUAUUUGUUAUCAGUUGUUAAAUAUAUUCAACAAGUUACGUUGGCCCAUUAAUUACAUUUACUUCUGGUAUUCGCUGCUGUUCCUUAUGGGCCGCACAGCUUUCGUAUUUUACACAGCUGCAACCAUUAAUGAUGAAUCCAAAGCGGCGUUGGGUGUAUUGCGACGUGUUCCCAUGAAAUCUUGGUGUGAAGAAGUGGAACGAUUAAUAUACGAGAUGACUUCACAGACUGUUGCACUAUCUGGAAAGAAAUUUUAUUUUCUUACUCGUAAAUUAUUGCUUGGAAUGGCAGGUACUAUAAUUACUUAUGAACUAGUAUUGCUGCAGCUUGAUGAACCAUCUCGUAAAAAAGGGCUAGCUCCUUUGUGUGCAUUGAAAAUGGUGCAGAAAGCUUACGGGGACUCUUCUAUGUCUCGAACACAGGCAUACAAGUGGUAUAAAUCCUUCAAAGAGGGUCGUGAAGUGAUCAAAGAUUUGCCUCGUUCUGGACGUCCAUCAACAUCAAAUACCGAAGAAAACGUGGCAAAAAUCAAGAAAAUUGUGCUGGAAGAUCGUCGUAUGACUAAAAGGGAGAUUGCUCGUGACUUAAACAUCUCAAAUGGAUCCGUUUACCACAUUCUACAUGAUAUAUUGGGCAUGAGACGCGUUGGAGCUCGAUUUGUACCGAAACAUCUUGAUUUUUUGCAAAAAGUAUACCGUAAAAACGUGUGUGAAGAAAUGAUUUUUGAGCAAGGAAACAACUCUACAUUCAUGAAACGCAUCAUAACAGGUGAUAAGACACGGGUUUAUGAGUAUGACGUUGAAACCAGUCAACAAUCGAGCGAAUGGUGCUUCGAAAACGAGCUAAAACCUAAAAAACCGCGCAAAAGUCGCUCGAAAAUUAAAGUUAUGCUCACUGUUUUUUUCGACUACAGAGGUGUUAUUCAUUAUGAAUUUUUGCCAGAGGGUCAUACCAUCAAUAAAGAAUAUUACCUCGGCGUUAUGCGGCAUUUGCGUAGUCCAUCCCACAUAUACGUUAUUGAAUUAAGUGAAGGAAUGAUGGUCAGUCGUAAUAAGUUAAGAAAAAUUUUUAGUAAACAUCAACCAAUUUUUGGCAAUAAUACAAUAUUUAAAGUCAGGAAUAAUAUUUACAAUCUUAAUAAAGUACACGCAGCAACAAGAACAACAAUCGAUAAUAAUUCAAAAGAUCCAUUAGAAACUACAACAACCAUAGCAGAAUACUCAAUCUCUCAGGAAAAAUAUAUUAGUAAUGACAAUAUUAAUGCAAUUGAACAAAAAGAUGAUGUCUCUGAUAUAUUUCAUCGUGCAGUAUAUCCUAUUAUAAUAAUUGCUCAAUGUUUUGGUGUAAUGCCUGUCAUGGGAGUGCGUCAUAAAAAUCCACGUCGAAUGCGGUUUUCCUUUAUUUCCAUGCAAUUGCUCGUUACUCUAAUCUAUUUUGGCACUACCAUAUUACUUCUAGUAUUUAUGGUUAGACAUCUCUGGUUUGUUGGUAUAGAUGCUAAAAAUAUUGGUGUUAUAUUUUACAUAAGUGCAUUUUUAGCUUAUGUUCUAUUUAUGCUACUCGCUGCAAGGUGGCCAAAAUUAAUUAGAGUCUGGGCUCGUAGUGAAAUGACGUUUAACCAAAAGCCAUACGAGAUCUUGCCUAAAAACUUAGCGGUACGAAUAAGAACUGCUGCUACCAUCAUUAUUAUUUUAUCUGCUGGCAUCGCUUAUCGAUUCGAACAAAUAACAACGCGGAUCAAUAAAUUGGCGGGCAAGGAGAUACCUGAGGACACUUUUGCUGAGAUACGUGAACAUUAUGUGAAAGUGUGCGAAUUGUUGGAUUAUGUAGACGAUAAUUUAUCGGGCAUUAUUCUGUUGUCCUGUGCAAAUAACUUGUAUUUUGUGUGCAAUCAAUUGUUGAAUGUUUUUAACAAGUUGCGUUGGCCUAUUAAUUAUAUUUAUUUCUGGUAUUCAUUGCUGUAUUUAAUUGGACGAACGGCUUAUGUUUUCCUUACAGCGGCAUCUAUUAAUGAUGAGUCCAAAGCUGCGUUAGGUGUACUACGGCGAGUUUCUAAGACAACAUGGUGUGUAGAGGUGGAGCGAUUAAUAUUUCAAAUGGCAACACAGACAGUAGCUCUAUCAGGCAAAAAGUUCUAUUAUUUAACACGAAAACUAUUGUUUGGGAUGGCAGGAACGAUUGUCACCUAUGAACUGGUUCUGCUACAGUUUGAUGAACCUAACCGCUCCAAGGGUUUGGCGAAAUUGUGCGCUUAG